GUUAAUCAGUUGUACAUAAAUGUAGGUCUACCUCUCAGCUAUUCGUCAUUCGCUCGAGAGAAUCGGCAAUCGACCGCAUGCAUACAUACCUGUUCAAAACACAGCUAGUAGCUAGAAUAUAAGUGUUCACGCCAGCGAAGCAUCGGAUAUAUUUUUGGCUUUAGUAUUUUGAAAUUUUGCCGGCUUGCACUCACUUCCAUAGCACGAGACCAGGGUUUUCCACUAGUGUCAAACGGUUUUCUUUUUAAAACCCUUAUCUGUGGUGUACGAACUGACCGGCGGUUGCUGACAACUGAAAACCAUCAUCAUGGCAAUGAGCAUGACAAGACAGAUGUUCCACAGGCCAAACGACCCCAAGGAUAUCGAAUUUGUGGUGAAUGGAGAGCGGCAUAUUGUCAGGGACAAGUACCCGGCAAAGACCUCCCUCAAUGACUACCUGCGCGAGGCGGCGGGGUUAAAGGGCACCAAGGUGAUGUGUAGAGAGGCGGGCUGCGGAUGUUGCGCUGUGACUGUCACUCACUCCGAGGGAGGGAACACGGCCGAGACGUUCAGCAUCAACUCGGCUGUUGCAUCAAAACCCCAAGCCCACUCAGCAAGACAUCGAGGACUCUUUCGACGGCCAUGUGUGUCGCUGCACAGGCUAUCGGCCAAUCUUGGAUGCUAUGAAGUCUUUUGCUGCUGACAAUACUACACCGAGUGCUAAGUGUAUUGAUAUUGAGGACCUGAACAAAAAUCUGUGCCCCAAGACAGGAGAAGUGUGUGCCGGCAAAUCGACCAAAUGUGGUGGUACCAAUAACGUUGUCCGUCCUCUCGCCCUUGACGUGGCUGACUCCCAAUGGUUUCGGCCGACCUCACUGGCUGACCUUGGUAAACGCCUGGUAGAGAGCAAGGGCAAAAGGACUAGGAUGGUCUUCGGCAACACGUCUACUGGAAUCUUUAAGAACGAGGGACCAUUUGACGUGUACAUUGAUCUUCAUGGUGUAAACGAACUGUAUGAGAUCAAGGAGAGUGCAAACAAGGUGUCCUUUGGUGGGUCUACCACUCUGACCAAACUGAAGGAGAGGCUGAGGACCUUGCAAAACAAGCCAGGCUUUGAGUACUGUGCUAAGGUUGUCAAACAUCUCAAAUUUCUCGCCUCCACCUUAGUGAGAAAUGCUGGCUGCAUUGCUGGCAACUUGAUGAUCAAACAUGCUCACCCUGAGUUCCCGUCUGACCUGUUCACCAUGACAACUGCUAUUGGUGCCUCUGUCACUGUUUAUGAUGCAGCAAAGAAAAAAAGCCAUGAUUACCCCAUGGUGGAAUUUCUGAGGAAAGUGGACAUGACCAACAAAGUCAUCCUGGCAUUGGUCUUUCCCACACUGGAGAAAAAUGUGCACUACAGAUCGUUUAAGAUCACGCCCCGAUCACAGAAUGCCCACGCCUAUGUGAACGCUGCCCUGUGUGUUCCAAUUAAUAGUCCGAAGGGGAAACAAAGACCGUCCAUUGUUUUUGGAGGCAUCAGUGCCCAAAUGGACCAUGCCGUGAAGACGGAAGACUUCCUGACAGGAAAGAGUUUGACAAAAGAUGUUAUCAAAGGAGCAGCAAAAGUGUUGGCUGAUGAGCUGAAGCCUGCCUCUGAUAACCCACUGCUGGCUUCAGCACAGUACAGGAAGAAUCUGGCAGUCAAUUUGCUCUACAAGACCCUCCUGGAGUUAGCCAAACCCACUGAUGCCAAGAUCCAAAGUGGUGCAGACAGCAUUGAGCGCCCUCUGUCUUCUGGUCUGCAAACAUUCCAAGAGAAGAAAGACGAGUUUCCUUUGAAACAGCCAAUGCCCAAGAUGACUGCUCCUCUGCAGGCAUCUGGAGAAGCCAUUUACACAAGUGACAUGCCGACUUUCCAGCGUGAGUUGUUUGCUGCCUUUGUGUUGUCCGAUGUAGCUUCGGCCACCCUUGAUUCGGUAGAUACUUCUGAAGCCUUGAGCAUGCCAGGAGUUGUGCGGUAUGUGUCAGCAGCUGAUAUUCCUGAAGGUGGCGUCAAUGACUACAUGUCCUUCCCCUUCUUCCCUGAUAUGAUUCCUGAGGAGAUCUUUGCUUCAAGCAAAAUUGGUUAUGCAGGUCAACCUAUCGGCCUGAUACUUGCAGAGACCCAAUCAUUGGCUGAUAGAGCAGCCAGCAAGGUCAAAGUCAAAUAUAGCAACAUUGGGGAGGCUGUGUUGACUAUAGAGAAGUCUCUGGAGAAGAACCUGGUUUUUGAAAAGAAAACGAAAGAACUAUCCAAAGGAGACACAGCAGCUGCUUUGGAAGAGGCUGAGGUUGUCAUCACUGGAGAAGUUAAAGGCGGGUCUCAGAACUACUUUUUCUUGGAGAACCCGGUGGCCCUGGGUGUUCCCUCAGAGGAUGGCAUUGACUUGUACUCCUCCUCACAGUUUCCAGAUCACUCACAAAGAAUGGCAGCUCGAGCCCUGAACAAACCCAAUAACUACUUCAAUGUGAUAAACGCCCGCCUGGGUGGUGGUUUUGGUGGGAAAGCUCUGUUUGCCACCCUGCUGUCCUCAGCUGCUGCAGUGGCCUGCUAUGUGACGAAAAGGCCUGUUCGCAUCUGUCUUGACCUUUCCUCAAGUUUUAAAAUGAACUGCAAGAGGUUCCCAAUUCUUGCCAAGUACAAAGCUGGGUUCAAUAAAGAUGGCAAACUGAAAGCCAUUGAAGCUGAGUUGAAUGUGGACAGUGGGUGGAACCCAACAUUUAUGGCUGGUGAAUUUUCUUCCCACAUGGAUCAAGGCUACUUUGUUCCUAACUGGAAGGUCACUACAAGGCUGGCAAAGACAAACAAACCUACCUCGCAGGCUGUUCGUUCACCAGGUAAUAUACCAGCAGCCCUUGUAAUCGAGUCAAUCUUGGAGCAUGCAGCUAAGGAGCUCAAAAUGCACCCAGUCAUGUUUAAAGAGUUGAAUCUAUAUGAGAAGGGACAGACUGAGAUCCAUGGUGUUAAACUGGACCACUGCACCAUUCGUGAGGUGUGGCAAAGACUCAAACAGACAGCAGACAUUGAUGCUAGACUCAAGGCAGUGGAAGCUUUCAACAAGAGCAAUACCUGGCGCAAGCGAGGCUUGACCAUGACUACAGUAAAGUAUGGAAUGAACUACUUCCCCCCAGGACACUACUGUAACAUCUCUGUGUUUGCUGCUGAUGGCACUGUGAGUGUCAUGACCUCAGGAGUGGAGAUGGGCCAAGGGCUCUACACAAAGGUUGCACAAGCUGUGGCGAAAAACAUGAACAUCCCAGUGGACAGAGUGAAAGUGCGACCCAAUCAGAACAAUGUCACCCCCAACCCAGGGUUCUCGGGAGGCAGCUCUACCAGUGAGAUGUGUGUCGCGGCUGCUCUUAAUGCUGCAAGCCAAUUGACUGAACGCCUCCGCCCUAUUCGAGAAAAGAUGCCAGAUGCCGACUGGAAAACAGUUCUUGGAACUGCCUGGGCCAGUAGCAUGGACUUAUCCGCUCGAACAAAAUGUGACACUACUAAGGGACAGCAGUACUUCACUUACUGUGCUGGAGCUGUGGAGACAGAGGUGGAUGUUCUCACCGGAGAGUUCCAAGUGAAGAGAGUGGACAUUAUGUGCGACUUUGGCGAGAGCUUGAACCCAACCAUUGACAUUGGCCAAGUGGAGGGUGCUUUUAUCAUGGGUCUGGGGUCUUACCUUCUUGAGGAUGUCCACUAUGAUGCUACCACUGGUCAACUGCUCAAUGAUGGAACUUGGGAAUACAAGCCACCCACUACCAAGGACAUUCCAAUCGACUGGAGAAUUCACUUCCUUCCUGACUCACCCAAUCCUUGCGGUAUUCAAAGUUCUAAAGCUGUUGGAGAGCCUCCAGCAGCUCUGGGAAUCGGGGCAUUGCUUGCUAUCAAGAGCAGCAUUGAGAAUCUCAGAGAAGAACUUACUGGCCAGCAAGGAUUUAUCCCAGUUGAUUCUCCGUACACAGUGGAGAAAAUCCAGAUGAGCACUGGCCUGUCAGUGGACCACCUCACAGCUUGAGAUGGUGCACAGACACAACAGAACUCUCAGAGAUGAUCAUAUCUGAGUUUAUAUCAAGAAAUCUGUUAACUAUUCAUGACCGACAUAAUGUUCAAACUUUCAGGAGCUCCUGAAUCAAACGUGUUUUUUUCUUUUUUGAUUUGAAAUUUAUGUAGACCAUGCUUUACUAAAUCCGUGAGAUAUUUUGUUAAGCACCUUUGUAUCCAGAACACUGAUAUGAGGUGUGUCCAUACACUUGAUAUUGUUUUGCUCCCCCCGUUUCAAAGGUUUCAUGAUUUGAACUGAAGAGACUAAAGAUUUUUUCAGAAUUUUUCUGUAAAUAAGGGAAGUGUUGUAAACGAGACAGGAGGGCAAAGCAAAACUUCCAACAUCUAUCUUGAAAUAUUCACAGAGCUGUAAAAUGGCGACUAAGAUCUUACAGCCAUUUCCCAGACUUCUCAUGAGCAAUUUAUGGAAGGAUGAGUUUUAUAUCUUACAAUAUUUCCCUUCUUUGACAAUAAAGGUGAACUUUUAUUCCUUAUCAAGCGGUGUCACUUUGUGCGGAGGUGUAGACUCCCUUGUAUCUUAUGCUGUUUUUUUUGUUUCUUUCUGCAAAAGUUAACUACAAAGUAGGCUUAUUUCAGAAGUAUAGGCAUAUAUAUAUAAAGAGUAGCAAAGUUCUAGAUGUUGUGUUGAAAUAAUGUAAUUUCGGAGGAUAUUUCGUAAAAACGUUACUACUUCAAAAAUAAAAUGUUGAACAUAUUAUGUUAACACAUGUACCAAAUUCAUGUUUAUGAUGGCAGUAUAUUGUCUCAACAAUACUGUAAAUGUUUGCAUGUGAUCAAAUUUUAUGAUGUCCUAUUUUAUUGUUGCCAUUUGAGAACUAAUAUUGUGAUAGCAAUCAGGUAAAGUAGCAGGGUGCUUUCAGAUAAUUGUUAUGCGGCUUAAGAGAAACUAAAAAAUAGUCAAGUACAGAUGAAUCAAACUCACUGAGACCACUGUGCUGCAUUUCAGCAUGGCAUCCUGCACUGAAGCAACAUUUUUAUCUUAAGUGAAAUUAUAUUUUUCUUCAGUAGAGACCAUUGCGAUGUCUGAUUUGUCUCAAGUUCAAAUUUUCACUAUUUCCAUGAAUCAUGAACUCACAUAUUUUCUAGAUAAAGAAGAAAGCUUCAUUUAACGCCCAUCAAUAACAUGUAAUAAAUUUAAUAUUUCAUUAAACUAUUUAUUUAAAGCCAUUGAUGUUGUAGUUGUUGUUACAGAUCCAGUAGCUGUGGAGUUUUCAUUCCUCUGCUUGAAAUUAAGUGGUUUUUUUGGUAUAUUUCUGCUUAAGGUGUUUCACUUGUCCAUUUAUGGAGGAAGAUACUGUUAAUGAUGGUGGAAGAACGUCUAAUAUUAAUCAAUGUUGUAGUCCCAUUAGGUCUAUACAAGGAUACUUUUUAACCAGCUAUCCAAGACAAGAGGAACCUUACAGUUAUUUUGAUAUUCUACCUUUUUUUUGUAUUCAGAAGCUAUUUUUUUUCUUUGUAGACUCGCACGUAUUGUUAUCUGUCUUUAUUCUAUGGCAUAUAAAGUCAAAUAAACUUACAUGGAUUUUUCAUUUAAA